GUGGUUGCUUUGCACAAUCAGUUCGAUCGUUCAGUGUGGAGCCAUGGUGCUACACAGAGCCUGAGCGAUGCACAUGACGCGCAUGGCGUUAGCGAGAUGAAGAACCAAGACAGUGCAUGAUCAGUGCAUGAUGGAGACUGAAUGGAAGGCCAAGACUGGCAAAGUUUCACUCCUCGCGCGCUCUGGGGCAACUGUCAGACUUGCCUACAACAUCAGCAGAUCUGUCAAGAAGCUCGAGCACGAGCUUGCCUCACGGACAGACUUGGACAAGGAAAUUGUUGAAAGACGCUGGAAUGAAUUGCACCGGAAAAAUGCCAAGAUGGUUCAUCAACAUAUUUUGAAGUACCGCGGCUUACUCACAAAAUUUGGCCAGGCAGCAUCCACCAAAGCUGGGAGCUUGCCAGCGCCAUGGGUCGAAGAGCUUCGAGGCUUGCAGGACGAGCUCCCAAUCUCCAACUUUCAGGAUGUUGUGCGCACAAUCAAAGCUGAUUUGGGGAGACCGCUGGAGGACAUUUUCCGCGACUUUGGGCAGCGGCCAAUUGCCUCAGCAAGUGUCGGUCAGGCACACCUUGCAUGGCUGCGGAAGACUGGCCAGAAGGUUUGCGUCAAGGUGCAGCACCAUGGAGUUGGUAGCUUGAUGAAAACUGACCUUGCCACCAUUGAGUUUUGCGCAAGACAGAUGCUAAAGCGACACCCAGAUGCUCCAGAUUUUACUGAUGUUAUCCGAGAAUGGCGGCGUGCAUCACGGGAGGAGGUGGAUUUUCUACUGGAGGCUAAGAAUGCUUUGCAAGCGCUAAAUGCCUUGCGCCGUCACAACGUAGAUGUGACUUGCCCAGAGCCAAUUCAAAGUUGCUGCUCACAGCGGGUUUUAACAAUGGUCUUCAUUGAGGGAUGGAAGAUCACAGACCUUGAUCGCAUGCCAUAUGGAGCAGACCGUGAGACACUAGCACGAGAUUUGGUCCAUGCCUUUGCCUUGCUGGUGUUUCAAGAGGGCCUGAUUCAUGGAGACCCACAUCCAGGCAAUGUAUUCGUGGAGCCUGUUCCAGGCAGCUCUAAUGGAACAAAGGUUCGGCCUGUUUUGCUGGAUUGGGGAAUUGUCAAGCACAUCGAUCAAGAUGAGCGCUAUGCGGCAGCCAAAUGGAUUGUCAGCACUUUGUCGCAAGAUCGUCAGCUCUACGUCUCGAGCUUGCUGGAGCUCGGCUUUGAGUUCGACGCGGAUCCUGACAUGACAGAAUUUGCGACCUUUAUUGAAGCUUCCAUGAGCCAAUGUGCCUUUAUGUUUCGAGAUUCUAUCCCAAGCAGCUCGCAGAUGAACUUCCUUCAGCAGAUGCAAGAGCACCAAGAACGUGAAGAGAAUCAAGAGACCAAAGUGGGCAAAGAGCAAAGCAGACUAGUUGGGAAGAUUCCUGGAGUUGUGUUGUUUUUUCUUCGUGGCCUUGAGAUGCUCCAGAACAUUUGUGGCAUGUUGGAGGUGACAGUGCCAUUUGCCAGUAUCAUGCUGGAGAACUGCAUGCCACUCCUGGUCAGCAGAGGCUUGUGGGACCCAGCAGCUGCACUUCCUGGACCGCCAGGACAAAGUGUUGUGGAACAGAAGGUCCGUGCCAAGCUUCAUGAAUUGGACAGCAUGGGAUUGGUGCUGGGAGCUCAGGUGGCUGCUUGGGAUCGUCGCUUGGGAUCUCGUGGUGACUUCCUUUGCAAUGUGGCCUGUGGUCGGAUUGGGCCAGCUCAGGGCAUACCAAUCUCAGACCAAACAGUGAUGCCCUUGAUGAGCCUGAGUGCUGGGCCGUUGCUGCACUGCCUUUUGCGAGCGAUCUCCCAGCCAACUGUGCAAGGCAAGCAAAUGUCACUGGAGACUUCUUUGGGGGAGAUAUGGCCCGAUUUCUUCCAGAAGGGGAAGAAUGCUUCGAUUGGUGACGUGUUGCAACACAAGGCUGGAUUGGCAAAGCCAUUCCCCAGUGAGAUGACCAUCAAGGGAUUUUGCAACGAGACGCGAUUGGAGGAACAUAUUGCAGCUUCUCCUUCAUGCCUAGAAGAAGGUCUUUGUCCUGUUUGGGGUGAACUCCUUGCAGCGCUACUGAAGCGACUGGUUGGGCGCAAGACUGCGCAGGAAGCCAUCUCUCAGAUGCUGGAGCCAGUGGCUCCAGAUGUGACCUAUCGGGCAAAUCACACCGCGCUCGCCGGGCGGCGGCCACAGGAACGCGUAACAAUGCAAAGCAUCUAUGAAUGGUUGGAAGAGAAAGUUGAAAGUCUUGAUUCGAUGACACAAAGCAGCAACGCGAAUCGGCGUCGGUGGCUCUCAGAAACUGAGCUCGCAGUUGAAAAGCCUUGGAUUGCUGAUCCAUUGAUUGUAAAUCGACAAGCGCUCAUGGUUGGUCAUGGCUGCCUUGCUGGUCGUGGGUUGCGAGCUUCUGCCAAAACCCUAUGCCGGGUGUUCCUCAAAGCUCUUGGCAAAAUGUUUGGAUUGUUUGGGCUUUGCAGGGUACAGUGUGGUUCACUUGUUGCAGGAUGUUGCAGGGCUUUGCCUGGACGCACUGUGUUGGACGAGAAUGUAGGGCGACAAGUCUCGCUUUUUCAAUACUUGAUUCGCUUUAGUGGUGCUGCCCCUUCGCUGCUUUUGGCACAAUCCAGGUUCACUUCAGGACUUGUGCCCGCAGAAAUGCUUGAAAAAAGCUUGGAGCUUGGCAAAGAGCUCAAGUUCCAAACCCUGCAGCAGUGGUGGGAUUCUUUGGGAGCUCGACAGCGUGCGGUGGGUGGCUGGCAGCUCUUUCCCUUCAAGACCAAGACAUCGGAGGUGCAAGGUUAUGGCUUUGCCGACGGCGUCACAGGCUCCAUAGUUCUGCGGCUCCCCGAAGUCACGAUGGCCAUCCUCCUUUCGUCAUGCUCGCCGGAGACGCGGCACGUCGGUCGGAGCCUGUUGGAUGCCAUUUGCACAGAGCUGGGCUACGAGGCGGCAUGGCCAUCUGAACCUCCUCCACUACCGAAACGCGCGGGCGGCGCGGCACCGAGUGCCACACCGGUGCGGGAGCCGAUGCUUCGAGCUGAAGGUGGCAGGCGAGCUGAUGACUUGCAGCAGGAGCUCACUAAGGUUGAGGCCAAAGUGACCAAGCUGUCAGAAGUUCUAGACAUGCUUCUCCCGGGUGCGAGUGCUGCGAUUUGUGGAGCACCCAACAUUCCAAGCAUGGCCGGCUUUUGGCUGAGCGAUGAAACGGAGGGCUUGGAGUCCUUGUUGGAAGCUUUGCAGGUUCCUGCUAUGAUGCGAUCGAUGGCCUCCGCAGCGCGCCGAACGCUGCAAAUCGACAUUGAUGGAAACGAGGUGCAAAUCUGCUCUACGACAUCUAUGCUCAGCCGCCAACUGGAGGAGACGACGACCAGAUUUCAAGUUGGCCAUUCCUUCAGCGGAGAGCAGGCACUAGGCGGCUCGUUCACCGCGACAGCAUCUUGGAUAGAGGACAAAGAGCCUCAGCGGCCUGCCAGCCUUCAUUUGGUGAAGAUAUUUACUACGGAAGGCUUCCAGUUGGAUGAGCUGUUUGAGCUUCUGCCGACUGGCCGCCUGGCAUUGACCACAACGCUGAGCAGCCGUGAGCAUCAGUUUGGAGAUCGCCGGAUCGAAGUUCAUCAGCCGUUUGAGCUGGAGGCUUUUUGUGAUGAAGUGGAUCAGGACCUGAUUUUGAAGCGGCAAGUCCGCAUGCCACUCACCAUUAAGCCUUUGCCUGCCGGCAGCCGCAUCACUGGGCUAGGGCCUGUGGGGCAGGAUCAGCCAGACCAGGCUGCUCCAAGCUUGACAGAGCUCCGAAAGAUUCAGUUGCCUGUGUCGAUAUUCUUCACAGUGGAAUCAAUCAGGAGCACUACAUUCUUUUGCCAAGAAGGUGGUUCAGAGGGCCUAAAAACUGUGCCUUCAGAACUGCUGGAAUCCCUUCCGCCAGAAAUUCGGACAGCAUUGGCAGAGCGGCAGGCAAACCAGAGUCCUUCACCAUCAUCUGCAGCAUCACCCCACCCGCAAGUACAACGAGUACAAGCAGUACAAGGAGCACCAGGUUCAGGAUCGAAGGAAGCUUCAACGGGUCGAAGUGUUCGCUCCUUUUGCUGGUCCGCCUGUGCUACUAUUUCAUGGGCUUCAUGUAGGUGCUUGGGCCAGGGGCUCCGAUGUAGUGGUCGUGCUGCUUUGCAUUUGUGUGGCAAUCCAUGCAGGGACUGCAAGGCUCCGAACCUGCGUGCCUUGAUGCCAUCCCGUGCUUCGCAAGUUGACCUUGCUACCUCCAGAACCGAGGAGUACAUGGUCCUAGUGGACCGGUCCUUUGGCGACCGUUUAGGCCUGCGUGUCGACAAGGAGGAUGGCGAGCUGAUUGUCAUCGAAGUCCAGCCGGGCUUGGUGCAAGAAUGGAACUCUGCAAACCAUGGUAAUCCCAAUGCGCAGGUCAGAGAGGGAGAUGUUCUUCUUGAAGUCAAUGGUCAAACUGGAGAUGCACGCACCUUGAUGGAUCUGUGCAAAGGAUGCCAGCCCUUGCAAAUCAAGCUCCAGCGAACAGUGGAGCCACAAGAAAUGUCAGCAGAUAAGGACGCGAAGGCCAAAGAAGCGAUUGUUGAGACUGAAGCUGAGGAGGCUGAGGUGGAAGCUCCGAAGGAAGAGGAGCACAAGAAUGCUAGCUUAGAUGGAGAAAGUGCUCAAGGUUCUGUUGCUGAAGGGCCAGCUGCAGCAAAGCAAUCACAACGGCCAGCAGAGCAUGAGAAGCUCCAACCUUCAGCUUCAAGUUCUCAGGCGGCGGCGGUCUCCAAACCAACGCUGCCGAAGAUCACCGACACCUCGCGCACUGGUCCACAGGGCCCCAAGGGGAGUGCGGCAGGACCUCGCCACCGAGAGCGACGACGAGACCAUGCAGGCCAAAGCAGCUCAUCACGCGACCGGCGUGGCCCGCAGGCGACCCUUGAGGAACCAGUGCCUGGUGCCACCUUUAGAGACCCUCGGAGCAGGCACAAUGCCUUGGGCAUAGUCGCUUUCUCCAGAUUGGAUGCCACCAGCGCUUUAUGCCGAUUAUGUCGAGCACAAGUCCUCUCAAAUGGCUUUGACUUGGGCGGUGCUGGAAUGGCAAUUGCAGCACCAUGCAGUAGAGCUCCAUGCAGAUUUCGCAAUGCCGAGGCUGCCUACCAGGCUACAUCAAAUUGGCCACUAUCCGGCAUGUUUCAGGAGCUAAGCGCCACAGCAGCCCUUCGCAAAGUGCAGCGUUUUGGCCAUCACCGAGACAAAAAACGUGCUGGCUUUGGCAGCAGCUGGUGUGCAAUGCAAGCUGUCCUGACAGCCAAAUUCGAACCGGGCACACCGUACGCUGCAGCUUUGGUGAAGACUGAGGAAGCCUUUCUGUUGGAAGCAGGCGACGAACUUGAGUCUGACGCAGACGCAGAGGAUGUUUGUGAGAAUUGGUUGGGCGCGCUGCUCAUGAUUCUCAGAGACAAGCUCUCCAGCAGCACAUGCUGGAGCUCGUAUUUGCAAACCUUCUUUGAUGUGGAGACAGGCAGGCUUCGGGACAGCGCGAGGCAAGCGGAGUGGCAGAAAGUCCUUCACGCUGCGCAAUCUGCAGUCCAGAGCCAAUCUUCAGCACAGCUGGCGGAAAUGGACCCAGUCUGAUGUCGAUCCGUUGGGUACAAAGUUGCCGCUUUCGGAUGUUGGGAGGUUUGAAAAGAUGGGCUCUUGGAGCC